AUGACUUCGUGGCCAAGUUGGCUAAGGCGUGAGACUGUUAAUCUCAAGAUCGUGAGUUCGACCCUCACCGAGGUCGUUUUUUUUUUAUUUUUGACACAAUAUAGCACUGGCGCACGUCUUUUGUGA